UACUUUGUCAAUCCAACAGGUAAGUUACCCAGAAUGCACUUUGAUCCAAGAUGGCGUCUGCCGGGAAUCCCAAUUAUCCUGGAGGGGGAGGGGCGCAGAGACCAGGUUUCAACAUGUUCCCAGCCCAGCAAAUGACUCAGCAAGGCAUGAUGGUACCUCCAACAAGUCAAGGAAUGAUGGGAGUUGGACCGAUGUCCCAGGGCAUGAUGGGAGUACCACAAGGCAUGAUGGGACCAGCGGCACCAGGACAGAUGGCGGCACCAGUGCAGGGAGUGCCUCAGGGGUUUCGGGGAAGCCCCGUCCCAGGGAUAGCACCACAGUUUGGUGGAAUGCCACAGCAGUAUGGAAUCCCUGUAAGUGGAGGUUUUGCCUACUCUCCAGAGAUGCAGAAGACCUAUGCUGAACAACAGAAAAAAUUUGCAGAGCAGCAGCAGAAAAUGGCGGAAGAACAGAAGAAAAGAGAAGAAAAGGAGAGAAAAGAGAGACAGUUCCAGGAGCAGAAGAGGCGACUUGGCGCCAUGAGAACCACCACCAUGGGGAAAGGCGGGGCCAACUUUGACUCCAUGUUUGGCCGAGCUGUGCAAGGGUUUGCCCUGGAUGUAACCAAAGGAAGUACAACACCUAAGGCCCAAGUUACUUCUCCUGGUGUGCCAGGAUCUGCUUCUGACUUUGGGGGUCCUACAGCAGGGCUGACCCCACCUACCCACAGUGCCCCUCCCCCAGCGGCGCCCGUCACGCCUCCAUCCACUGAGGAUGAUGACUUUGGUGCCUUUCUCGGAGGGCCCACCCAAGUUCAGCCCCAAGAAGAGAAACCUGUACAGAUGACUGGAGUGGUGGGGUCUGGAGUAAUGACAGCAUUGCCUCAAGACAGUGGACCUAAAG